AAAUGUGUGACAAGUCAAUCAUAAACUUUACAGAUAACAAUAUUAAUUAAAAUAAGUAAUAUGCGUACAGACCACUUUCACUUGACAAAUUCUUUUGCCAAACCCAAAUACCAAGUCAAUAAAUAAUUCAGAUAUCACACUUUUCUUCUCCCCCUCUAUAUAUGCUUUCCACAUACAACACGGCAACAACAAAAAAUAUAUAUAAACACACACUUUCACCCAACAGAGAUCGAGAAAAAGAAAAACACAACAACCAGAUCACGAAAAUGGCAUUGUCCUCAAAGAUCGCGGCGGCGCUGACGGUGUUGGUGGUGGUAUUGGCGGCGAGCAGCAGAGUGGCGGAGGGGCAGCAAGAUUGUGCGUCGAAGCUGGUACCCUGCGCCGCCUACUUGAACUCAACAACACCAUCGGCGGAGUGCUGCAGCUCCAUCAAAGAAGUCGUCACAACUCAGUUAGAGUGUCUAUGCAGGCUGUACGCAAACCCGGGCCUUCUUCCCGGAAUCAAUAUGACUCAAGCGCUUAUGAUCCCCAAAUACUGCAAUCUCUCUACUGAUACCAACGCCUGCAAGACUGCUUUGUCUCCACGAUCAUCACCUCCAGCUCCUCCAGCUCCAGGUGUACCUGGUGCGAAGGAUAACAAAAACGAUGCCGGUUCGAUUUCAUGGGUCGGAAUCCCAGCCUUCGUUUUGGCAUCGGCUCUCACAUUUCUAUAUUAGAUAAGAUGAAUUGAAAAUAAUUAAAGUUCAAAAUUGCUGAAGAAUUCAAUCUAUCGAUUGGUUUGAUUAUUGUUCCCACGUUUAUUUUGGUACCACACUUGUGGUUUCUUUUUUCUGUAUUUGAAAUGCAUUUUGCAGUGUUGAGACUUUUCACAUUUGACCCAUUAUAUGUUAUUAAUAAUUAUUGUUAUUAAUUAUUUUUAGACUUCAUUAUAAUAAUGUAUGUUUUUUU